UUUCGCCUCGCUGGGUGCAGAGGAAAUCUCUGGCGCUCUAGAUUGGGAUACAAUCGAUGCGCAAUACCUGGACACACCCUGUCUUCCGCCCACUCCUCUUUCUUGCUCUCCUCGUACUGACCAUGCACGCUCUCAAAUCGCAAUGGCACCGCCUGGGCAGUCCGAAGGGAAAGGCGCCUUACAAUCCUGAUCAAGGAGAUGAGAAGAGACUGGUGGUCGGGCACUUCAUGUUGGGAAAUACGUAUCCUUUCACGGCAGAUGAUUGGCAGGCCACAUUCGAUCUCGCUGAGGAUACGCUAUUAGAUGCGAUUGUCCUCAAUAUAGGUCCAGAACAUUGGCAGCUCACCCAAGCCCAGCUUGCCUACGAGCUCGCCUCCUCCCGCCGUAUCAAGCUUCUACUGUCGUUAGAUGUGAACGUCCUUCCGCAUUCACCAGAUGAGCUGUCGAGUAGGGUGGUUACUACUAUCAAUGCCGGUCGCGCUUCCCAGCUGCUAUGGGACGACAAACCUGUCCUCAGCACCUUUUCCGGCCACGAGUUUGGCGAUGACAACUGGGUCGAGACUCUCCGCCUGAUCUCACGUGGCCUCGAGCAACAAGUCAUGUUCUGGCCUGCAUUCUUCAUUCCUCCAAGCGACUUUAUGGCAAAGUUAUAUGUGGAUGGUACGUUUGCUUGGAAUAGCGGGUGGGCGAUGGACAGUACGUCAAUGAACUUGAAGGAGGACCAGCCAUUCCUGAAGGGCGACAAGCCGUAUAUGGCUGCCAUUUCACCGUUAUUCUUCACUCAUUAUGGGACGGAAGGUGAUUGGGCGUGGAACAAGAACUGGAUUUACCCCUCGGACAAUCUUCUUCUCCCAAACCGCUUCCUCAACUUUAUAUCUCCACACGCCCAUACACCGACCCCUCAGAUCAUACAACUCAUUUCUCUCAACGACUACGGCGAGUCUCACUAUCUGUUCCCCGUCCGCGGCGCACAGCCUGGGUCAAGCGCCUGGACAGAAGGGAUGGACCAUGAGGGAUUCAGAAUCAUGUGCAAAUACUUUAUCGGCCGCUGGAAGAAUGGUAUGAGUGAAAUAGAGGAGCUUGAAGAUGGGCAUGAGGGCAAGGUGGUGAUUUGGUAUCGGACAAAGCCAAAAGAUGGAGUCUAUGAUGACGCGGUCGGUAGGCCAGAUCGAGCGGAAUGGGCCGAGGACCUCAUCAACCUCUUCAUCCUGCUUCCCUCCCACUCGGCACAUUAUACCCUCCACCUCACCAAUGGUCCAGCCGACCAUACACGCUCCUUGAAAUCGGGUCGACUCAACCUCCUCACGUUACCUUUCAUCCCUGGCAAUGUACACUACAGUAUCACGAAGAAGGAAGGGAGCGCAGAAAGGGUUAUACUGGAGGGAGAUGGAAAGGAGAUCACAGAGGGCGGCGCGUGGAACUUUAACAUGUGGAGUGGGAGCGUGUACUGAAUGAAGAUAUCGUUCAAAAGGGACAUUAUUCUGUUGACCUCUUGUAAACUAUGGGAUGUCUUGGACCAGGUGUCAAAUGUGACCCUCAAGUACAGGUCGAGAUUGGGUCUAGACGCAUUGGCAGUGGCACAUUGCUCUUCGCUCUGAAGAGGUUCUCUCUGCGGCAUAAAGAAAUGGAGA